CUCAGACAGAGUCUUCAGGCAAAAUUGGAUCUCAGAAAAGGAUCUUUCUUUGUUCUUACGGAGGAAGACAAAAAAAUCGAUCAGCAGCUGGAUUGGGACAUUGUGAUUGGAAUAUUGGAUUUGAUCAUUGGAAGAAUCAGCGAAUCGCGAGUUGUGGUUAUGGAAGGAGUAGGAGGAGGACGGUUAGGAAGAUCCUCGACUCGUUACGGAGGACCGGCGACGGUGUUCACAGGGCCGGUGAGGAAGUGGAAGAAGAAGUGGGUUCACGUCUCUCCCUCCGCCAAGAAACACAACAAUCACUCCUCCUCCGCUGCUAAUGGAUCAUCAUCGCAGUUGCUUCUCUUCAAGUGGGCGCCAUUGUCUCAGAACAACGAAGAAGAAGAUGGUCAAAGCGAGAGUCUUUCUCCGAGCGAGGACUCCGCACUAGAUCCUCCGCGGCGGCGCAGAUUCAAAUUCGUUCCGAUCGCACUACUUGAAGAGCAGAAGAACCAAGUUACAGAAACUGAGGAUGAUGAUAAGGUUGAAGAAGAAGAAGAAGACGAAAAGGCUGAGGAAGAGGAGAAGAAAGAAAUUGAGCAAGACGCAAGUGCAGCAGAGCCAAGCGAGAAGAAAGCACAAAUUGAGGAAAAACCAGACAUGAAUGAUGUUCCUAUGGAAGAUAAUCAGCAGGAGGAAGAAAAAACAGUGCGACAAGAUCUGAACGAAAGCAGUAAGGAUUCGGGACUCAACUUGAACGCAAACGAUGUAGAUGUAGAUUCUGAAAACAAUUCCAAAGGGGCCGAGCCAUUAGAAGAGUGAUAUAUACUGGCGCCAUUUACGUCCCCUUGUCCUCAAGGUUCACCACGUUGUCAGGAACAAUGACCAAAUACAGAAAAGUAGAAAGCAGUUGUUAGAGAUGGAUGCAGAUCCUUGUUCUGGUCUGUACUUCCACACGGCUUGUUCUUUUUUCCUUUUGCUGACCAGACUCGAUUCAUUUGGAACUAAACAUUCGAUUCAUAGAAGAUAUUUUGUUCUGAAUUUUAAUUUGAUUAUGAAUGAUGCAGUUUCAUAGGA